UGUAUUGGUGAGGCUUCUUUGCCCUUUGCCUGCCACUUUACCGCCACUGGCUUACACACGCUUGACCUGCCAUCAUCGUGGUCGGAUGCACCACGAUGGCCCCAAAAGAAGCACCUCUGCAGUCGAUCUCCAUUGACCGCACCGAAACACGGUCGCUGCCGUCGCCGCACACCGUCUACGCAAUCGUCGUCGUCCUCCCCGUCCGAUCCUGGACAGUGUAUCGGCGCUACAAUGACUUUUUCCAGCUGCACGCCUCCUUCUCCUCGGCUGCAUGCGGACCGCCGCCGGCUCCACUACCACCAAAACACGCAGCGCGCCGUACACUGCGGAGCAUCACGGGUCUCGGCGGGCUGCUGCCUGCGCCCGAGUCGGUGCGCGAAGCCGACGAGGAACAGCUCCGGGAGCGCAGGGCCCAGCUCGAAACGUAUCUCCGCGCCAUUGUGGCGAGCACCAACGAUGCCUGGAGGGCGUCGGAUGAAUUCAAGGCAUUCAUUGAGCUUCCCAAGAGUCAAUUCGUCUCUCGGGCCCAUUUCCAGCAGGGGCAGGACCAGCAGCAGCAGCAGCAGCAGCAGCAGCGACCGACCGGGGCAGGAUUCGAGGAUGCUGGGUUGUCCAAUGGAGAGAGAAAGGCCUACGUUCCGGGAACCUACGCGAGGGCGGCAGACGCAGGUGCACCAGGCGGUGGGCGGGGCUCCUUUACCCGCACGCUCGGAAGCGCCGCGCCGCCACGGCCGCCCGCGCCCGUCGAGACGGCUGCCACCCGGCUGCUCGAUGAGCGCGGGCUGCUGGACUCGCAAAAGGCCGCAAUGAAUCGACAGGACUCCCAGCUGGAUGACUUGGCCGCGAUCUUGCGGAGGCAAAAGGCCAUGGGCCUCGCCAUCAACCAGGAGCUGGCCGAGCAGUCGGAACUGCUCGACGACCUCGACGGAGAGGUGGAGGGCACCCAGGCAAAGAUGGCUAACGCCGAGGGAAAGAUGAAGAAGCUCGAGGGCUGAGGCAGGCUCCAUUUAUUCAUGGAGGCAACGGGAAUAGAGGCUCUACAUUGUAUUUAGACAAGCAUGUAAUGAUGAAUACCCCUUC